GAAACCAGCGUUAACGCGCAUGCGCAGUAGACUCUGCCGCUAUCCGGUCUGCUCCAUUCUACGGUGUGUUUUGGGUGUUUGUAAAUAAAGGGUCUCGAGUAUCCUCGGUUGCACGCGCAGCCCUGGAGCUGAAGCAGGGACCAUGUCCGCGCAGGGCGACUGCGAUUUCCUGGUGAAACGCGCGCGCGAGCUCGUGCCCGUCGACCCGUGGGCUGCCAAAGCCUGGCUCAUCACCGCGCGCACGCUCUAUCCGGCCGACUUUAACAUACAGUAUGAGAUGUAUAUGAUCGAGCGCAAUGCUGAGAGGACCUCGUCGGCCGGCAGACUCCUCUACGACAUAUUCAUCAAUUUCCCCGAGCAGCCAGUGGUGUGGCGCGAGAUCAGCGUAAUCACCGCAGCGUUGAGGAACGACACCCAAGACAAGCAUGCUCAGUUUCUCAAAAGUGUGUUUGAGACCCUGCCAGGCCCUGUGCAGUGUCAGAUGCUUCUAAAGGCUACGGAACAGUGUUUCAACACGCUGGAGAAAGCCGAGAUGCACCUGCUGCUGCUGAAGAGAUUCCCAGAGUCUGUGGUACAGCACGGGGUGAGUUUGGGAGAGUCCCUGCUGGAGGCGGAGAACAUGCAGGACUUGGACACGCCUGUCAACUGUUACAGGAAACUGUUUGUAUGCGACGUCCUGCCGCUGAUCAUCAAUAACGUGGAGAUGCGGCUUCCUGCCAGUCUCCUGCACAAGUACAUGCACAAAGCGGCCGAGUUUUACAUCGGAUAUGUGACACGGGGUCCCGGCGCAGAUUCGCAGCUACAGGGACCUCAGGAAGGGGGCGGGCUAAAGUCUCCUGGAAAGGGGCGGGGCCAGCGCGGGGUGAUUGACGGCUUAUCGGAGAAGUCGUCGUUGGUGGCGGAGCCGUGGGAGAGGCUGCUGGAGAUUGUCGGGUCGGUGGGGCUGAGGUGUGAGUGGCAGGGAGAGAAGGUCACCAGGACAUACUCAGAGCUACUGCAGCGGGUGAGGGAGUUGUGCCGAUAUUUGCCCGGUCUGGAGGGCGAGACUUUCUCUCGCUGCUGCGCCCAAAUCGUCACCUGUUCCACACUAGUGCUCUUCCGUAGUGCACACUUUUACAUCUCCACAGUGCAGCCCUCUCUCUUUCAAGGUCAUAAUUCUCUGGGCUCGUCUCCAUGGGUUCUGGUGGAGGAUCUCUCGAGCGUGUUUAACAACAUCGAGCCAGAGAGGCCGAGCGGAAAACACGCGCACAAAAAACGCAAGCUUGCAGACGGGCGUGAGAAAACCAUGAGUUCUGAUGACGAGGACAUUCUGGGACGAGGAAGACACGUUUUGGUGAAUCAGACCGAAAUGCCGGCAUGGGCCGAGACUUUAGAGCAUUUCAGAACGGCCAGGGAGAGCUGGGACCUCCUGCAUUCGCACGAGACCUUGGAAUCGGACUUCAACAAAAUCUGCGCAGCAUGGAAGACCGAAAGCUGGCUUUGGUUCCGGAUAUUUCUCACCGAUAUGAUCAUAUAUCAGGGUCAUUACAGGAAAGCCCUGUCAAGCCUGGUGCAAUUGUCGUCUCUUCAGCCCCAACAGAACCAGAGCACACACACAUCAACCUCAAGCCUGGAGACACACAGAGCCUUGAUCCAGCAAGCGUCCUGUCACUAUGCACUCGGGGAGUACCGGCUGGCCUGUGAGAAGCUCUUGGAGGUUGUAGGUGGUCUCAUGCCUCAAAACCAGGAGGCAACCAAGUCCAGCGAGGAGCAGAACCGAGGAAGGAACAAAGUUAAGAAAAGCAACGACUUGAGGCUCAUCCCCUGCACUAGCAAAGACAUUCUGCCCUUCUGCCUGCAACUGAUGCUGGCCUGCUUCAAAUUGCGAGCGUUUGCCGACAGCAGCAGAGAUGACCUGUCUUUAGGUCAUGUGAUCGUUCUGUUGCAGUACGAUUGGCCCCAGGGAGAGACUCUGUUUCUGAAGGCAGUGGACAAAAUUUGCGACCAGGGAAGUUUUCAGUACGAGAACUUCUUUAACUACGUCACCAAUAUCGACAUGUUGGAAGAAUUCGCAUACCUCCGGACGACAGAGGGUGGGCGGGUCCAACUGGAGUUAUUGCCCAAUCAGGGGAUGCUCAUUAAGAACCCCAACCCCGCCCUGGGGGUGGAGUUAAAUACCCUGCUGCUUCCUGGGGCUCAGAAGGCUGACAGACAUCACACUGUGACUCGCGGCAUUACCAAGGGUGUGAAAGAAGAUUUCCGGCUGGCCAUGGAGCGCCAGGUGUCACGCUGCGGAGAAAACCUUCUCGCCGUUCUACAUCGGUUUUGCAUUAAUGAGAAAAUCAUCCUCAUUCAGUCUUUACCCUGAGUCGGGACAAUGGAAAAUAUCCCCCUAAAUAACUUCCAUAGCAAUGUUUAGAAUUAACACGAGAUGUAUUUUGGAGGAAAGUUCUAGAUUGUCCAUCUCUACCUAUAGAGAGUGAAGCGAAAGUGCUUUCACCUGUCCGGUUCUCCUCAUCGAUAAACUGUCAGCUUCAUCUUUAAUGUCCACUCGUCACCACGUAGAUCGCUAACUAACCAAGCAAAGUCUCCGCCGUCACUCGGCUCAACGGAGGGAUUGCACUCUGGAACAUUUGCCAUCUCCACUACAUCUACAUUGGAUUCCUUUGACUUCUGCACUUCCUUGAAUUUGCAAAGUUUGUGCGAAAAAAAAAAAGCCGAUUGUUUAAUAUUGACUUUUGUAACCUUCCUGAAAUGUAAUAUUGACUUUUGUAACCUUCAUUUGUUACCUCCCUGAAAGGUUUAUAGUUGCCUAUUUUGGAUAAGUACACACACAUUAAAACAGGAGUGUUUUACUUUUAA